CUAGCAACAUACAGCAGGAUAGCAUAGCAACGGUGUUUGGCAAAUGUCAGCGCUAACGUAGUAUCGUGCAUGGAAUCAGUUGAUUUUUACGGUUUAAUGAAAAUGUAAAGAUAAAAGCAUUCAGCCCAGGUUAGCUGCAAUAUUCCGCUAUCUUACGAUUCUAGGGCUGCAGUGCUAAAUUAGCUAGCUAAAGGUUACAUCUCUUCUUCCAAAGAUGUCUUUGCAGGAGACGCCUGUUCCUUGUGAUGAAGAUGAGGCUUUCUACGUGCAGUCCAGAGCCGCUUAUCUAGCUGUAUUUAGAUCCAGUUUGACAAACAUCGUGUCAAAACAGCAGUUAUGUCUUGCUCUUCAGCAGGCUGGUAGAAACCCAACCCAAGCAACUCUCAAUAAAUACUGGACCCAAAGAACAACCAAACUGAACUUUGAUGAAUUCUGUCAGAUUCUUAAAAGUGAGAAGAAAACUGAAGAAACUGAGCUAAUGAGAGCCUUUAAAAAGAUGGAUGUUAACAGUGAUGGCUACAUCUCACACAGUGAACUGGAAAAAGCCCUUACCACUAGAGGUGAGAAAAUGAACACUGAAGAGGUGAAUGCUAUAUUCUCAAUGGCUGACAUAAACAAAGACAGCAAACUUGACUAUGCAGAAUUCUGCAGAUUGCUUGUGUCUACAGCGGAGCAGUGUCAGAUGGCUGCUUUGGAGAGGCUCGAGGCUAAUGCCAAGCUGAAGAGACAAAACUUUGGCAGUCAGUCAUACAGCCUUCCAAAGAGCUCAGUGUCCUCAUCAUCAGCAGCAGCAGCUCAGGCGGUAGCUCCUCUCCCUCAGCCUCCAGAAACACCCCGGGCAGAAUCAGACACGACACUUAAGAAAGACAGCAGAUCAUCUUCCCGUCCUUCUUCUGCUCGCAGCAGACGGUCGUCCUUGUCAAACUCCAUCACUAUGACAUCCAGCACCAAUAAGGCCAGCAAAAUACCAGAGCCUUCAGGCUUACAGGACUGGCAUCACAGUUAUAUGAAGGGCUGUUUCUUCCUUGAGGAUGAUGGGAGUAUCAGCUCUCUGCAGUACCAGCUCCACGUUCCCCAGACAACCAACGUAUACCUAACCAUCCAACCACUCAGCCUCAGCCAUGGACUCGACAUGCCUUCUUCAUGGAUGACAGUGGACACAGCUCUUUUCGUCAUGUCAGCUGGUGAAACCAAAGAGGACUCAACUUUAGUGUGUUUCACCGAGACGAAAGAGAAAGAGAAGUAUGUUUGGAAAGGAGAAUUGAAUGCUGGGACUUACUACCUGCUUCCCUUCACUAGUGGCUGCAGACUAAAGAAAAGAAGCAAGAAAAGCCUUUCUAUUAAACCUAUAGAGCUCGUCUACAGGACUGACACUGGAGAACUCGACCUCACCAGGGAGCUCAGGGAGGUGCUGUCUGACAUCUUUGAGGUCAUAGACCUGGAUGGGAAUGGUUUGCUUAGUUUGGAGGAGUACAAUUUCUUUGAGCUGAGGACCAGUGGAGAGAAAUGUGACAAGGAUUCCUGGGCUGUCUGCAAAGAGAACUUUGAUAUGAGGAAGAACCAGCUGACAAGGCAGGGUUUUAUGGAGCUGAAUCUGAUGGAGGCCACCGAGAAGGAUGGAGACCCUGCAGACCUGUGGGUCACUCUGGAAGCCAUGGGCUACAACCGAAUGCUGGAGCUAGUAGAGGCAUGCCCAUUCCAGUUGGAUGUACACUGUGAAGACACUCAGCCGUCCAUCCAGCCCCUCACUUUGGACUCAGGGCCCAAGCUUCUACUCCAGGCCCUCCAGAAGUCCAUCACAUCAAAGACAGGGGCCAAAGCACUGAGGGGACAAGACAAUGUCUUCAUCUAUACUUACCGAGGAGAACACAGGAUCUCCUCCCUCAUAGCUAACAAGGCCAACCAAAAAGUGACUGUCCAUGUAAACAAUGAGCAGAACAGGAACUGCUGCAGCAGUAGAGGCAUGAGUGUGUUUGCUGUCGAGGUGCCAGCCAGGACUAAGCUGGUGUGCCAACAUAUCCUGCCCAUUAAUGAGAGACAGGAAUGGACCUACAACUGUGUAGAGAGCAUGCUCCCCUGCACGUAAAGCUGUACCAUCAACAAUCCUCUACUAUACUCUAAUAAUGGGCUAAGAUUAAUCAUAAAUCAGUGGAUUCAAAUAGGAUACAUAACAUCUUUUAGUGAACAAAUGAUGGUUAUGAUAGCACUGUUACCUUAACUAACAAGCUCCAAAAGGAACAACCAUUUGAAUCAUCUACAAAUGUAAAAUCUCUGUGUUCAAAGCUUUCUUUUGUGUUUUGUAAAACCUUGUUUGUUGGACACCACAAGCUAAGAACUUCUGGCUUGGGGCAAAAAAAGUCGUUUUAGAAGCUCAGUGACUGGAUAAAUCCGUGGUCCUGAUGGCAGCAAGAGAUGGUCUCUGAGUCUCAUAAAGUAUGAUAAGAGUUUUUGCAGCUUUUGUAGUGCCUUUGAAUUUGUAUCAUGUUUCUGUUAAUGAAGAGAGAAAUACAAUGUACCAUUAUCAACAUGACUCUUUUAUUCCUAAUGUAUCCUUUAAAUAACGGUGAUUGUCAUAGUGAAUUAAACCACAAUUGAAUCAAAGAUGUUUUUUAACAGUUAUUGUUACAGUACCGUACACAGUCAUGUAAUCGUAGAGACAAAAACAGAUUUUAUUUUCUUGUGUUUUAUUAGAUUUACUUUAUAAUUUUCUUACUUGUGUCAUGCAGAUAUAAUUGCUGUCUUUAAAGUAUUCCUAUCAUGAAUAUUCCUUUACUGAUAUCUGUUUGUUUUACUCUUUUAAUGCAACCCUUGAUUAUGUUUCCCUGAAACUUAGAUACCUGUGAUCAGACAGGCACAAUUACAUCUCCCUCAGCUCUCCUCAAAACAAUGCAAGAAUUUUAGAUGAAAAGAAACAAUGGUGGAUGAUUGAAACUUGAUAUCCUUUUACAAUGAUGGCCGAGAAUUCUUGUUUUUUAGACAUUUGAUGACAUAAAAUAUUUGUUUGGAUUGUAUUUUGUCUGUGACUAGAGAGACUAAAAUUGGCCCUAAGAUGUUGUUACUGCAAUGUAACUAUGUAACUGCUGUUGAAAAAGCAGUUAAAUGGUCAAAGACAUCUUUUAACCUUUUAUUUAGGAAAUAAAUGCAUACAUAAUUUGUAUUUUAUAAGUAACAACCCUGCCUUUUUUCCUUUACUUAACAGUCUGCCUGCAUGCUACUCUCCAUACUGUCAAUGCAGUAUGGGUCUCUGGGGAUUUUGGGCUGGCAAUGAAAUGCAUUCCUUGCAUUUGCUCAGGUCUAAACUUUAUUUGCCCUCUGCCUUUCAAGUUGAGUGCAGUCUUGACCUCCUUUUUAUAUCUCUCAGGUCAUUAUUUGCCCUUUGACUUUCUCUUCUGAAACAGUAGA